CAAAAUGUCUAGUAAUCAGUUAGUAAUAUCUGAUAGUCUCAUUUUUUAUAUAAAUGGAAAAAAGAUCGUAGAAAAGAAUGCAGAUCCAGAAACAACGUUACUCACCUAUUUGAGGAAUAAUCUUCGUCUCACCGGUUCUAAACUAGGAUGUGGGGAAGGAGGGUGUGGUGCAUGUACAGUCAUGAUAUCGAAAUGGGAUGGCAGAAAUGGAAAACCGAGACACUUCGCAGUGAAUGCAUGUCUUGCACCGCUGGUUUCUGUGAAUAAAUGUGCAGUAACAACAGUAGAAGGAAUCGGUAGCACAAAAACUAAACUUCAUCAGAUCCAAGAAAGGUUGGCAAAGUUUCACGGAUCACAAUGCGGAUUUUGUACUCCUGGCAUAGUUAUGUCGAUGUACGCACUAUUACGUAACAAACAAAUUCCUUCUCUCAAAGAUAUCGAUACCUGUAUGCAAGGAAAUCUUUGUAGAUGUACUGGAUAUAGACCAAUUAUAGCAGGUUUUGAAACCUUCACGUGUGCAAUGGGCAAGAACUGCUGCAAAAUUGACAAAAAAAUCAAACCUACAGAGCAGCAAAUUGAAGCAGAACACAGCGAUACCAAAUGGCAGGCAUAUGACGAUUCACAAGAGCCCAUAUUUCCACCGGAACUUAUGCUCUCUGGCAAAUUGAAAAGUUCGUUUCGAUCAUUGAAAUAUGUUGGAGAGAAUGUAACAUGGCAUCAACCGACAAAUUUACAACAACUGUUGCUUUUAAAAAAUGAGCAUCCCGAGGCCAAAAUAGUAGUUGGAAAUACAGAAGUUGGAAUUGAAAUGCAUAUUAAAGGAAGAAAUUAUUCUCAAAUAAUAUCACCAACGAAUGUGAAGGAAUUGAACUGCAUGGAAGAAAUCGAUGAUGGUGUUUCCAUUGGCGCAGCGUGCAGUCUCAGCGAUGUUGAACAAUUUUUGAAAUCUGUGUCCAAGAAAAGAAGAAAACAAGAAACUCAAGUCAUUUGCUCAAUACUUGAAAUGCUAGAAUUGUUUGCUGGGAUGCAAAUUCGAAACGUAGCGUGCAUCGGUGGAAACAUCAUGACAGCAAGUCCAAUAUCAGACCUCAAUCCCAUUUUACUUGCGGUUGGAGCAAAACUAACUUUUGCUUCAUCAAGUUCUGGUUUGAGAGAAAUUCAAAUGGAUGAAAAUUUUUUUAUUGGAUACAGAAAAACGAACACAAGAAAAGAUGAGAUCUUGAUUUCAAUAAAAAUUCCAUUUCUUACUGAAGAUGACGUCAUGAAAGCAUUUAAACAAUCAAAAAGAAAAGAAGAUGACAUAGCUAUAGUAAACUCAGCAAUGCAUGUUGCUUUCGAACCUGGAACAAAAACGAUUGAAAAGCUAUCAAUUGCCUUUGGAGGAAUGGCAGCAAUAACAAACGCUGCAAAACAAACAAUGAAAAGAGUUGUUGGAAGAUCAUGGGACGAAAGACUGCUCCAUGACGUCUGCUCGUGGUUGGAUGAAGAAAUGAAACUAUCUCUUGAUGCUCCGGGAGGAAUGGUUCAGUAUCGGCGUACACUAGUGACGAGCUUUUUCUUCAAAUUUUACCAUUACACAUUGGAAGCUUUAUUGGAAAACGGGGUGGUGCAGGUUGAAAACAUCAAUAUAAGUCGAGUAAUAAUUGGUGAUUUAACAGCUGAAAACGAACAAUUCACAAGCACGCAGACGUGGCAAGAGGUACCUGAAGAUCAAGAUACAUAUGACACGAUCGGUCGUCCGAUUCCACACCUUUCAGGUUUAAAACAAGUAACUGGUGAAGCGCUAUACAUCGAUGAUAUUCCUCCCUAUAGAGAAGAAUUGCAUAUGGUACUGGUAUACAGUACAAGAGCUCAUGCAAAAAUAAUCAAUGUUGACCCCACCCCGGCACUGGAAUAUACCGGGGUGGUAUCAUUCGUGGACAAAAAUGACGUCAUUGGAAAAAAUGAUCUUGGCAUGUACGGCGAAGUGUUUGCCGACGGAAAGGUAUCAUGUGUGGGUCACGUCAUAGGAGCUAUUGUAGCCGACACACAAGCGCACGCAAUCAAAGCCAGUCGAAUGGUGAAAAUAACUUACGAAGAUAUAUUACCACGAAUUAUUACCAUUGAUGACGCUAUAUUGCACAACUCAUUUUCAAGCACCAUUAAAUUAAACAAAGGAAACGCUGAAGAAGAAUUUAAAAAUUGUGACAACGUCAUUGAGGAUGAGGCAAGAGUUGGUGGACAAGAACAUUUCUAUAUGGAGACUCAAUGUUGUAUUGCUAUUCCGAAAAAUGAAGACGGAGAAAUGGAAGUAUUUAGUUCAUGCCAACAUCCAACCGGAUUGCAAUCUAUGGCUGCAACAUGCCUGGGUGUUCAGAGGAAUAAGGUUACCGUUCGUACGAAGCGACUCGGCGGUGGGUUUGGCGGAAAAGAAUCUCGAUUUGGCGUCAUAUCGAAUCCUGCAGUUACAGCAGCAAGAAAACUGGGGAAACCAAUACGAUGCGUGUUGACACGACAAGAAGAUAUGCAAAUCACCGGUGGCCGACAUCCAUUUUUAGCAAAAUAUAAAAUUGGAUUUGACAACGAUGGCCGAAUCAAAGCACUGAAAAUAGAUCUUUACAGCAAUGGAGGGAAUUCAGAUGAUUUAUCUUAUGGAGUAAUGACAAGAGCUGUUACACAUGCUGACAAUUGUUAUAACGUGCCUCAUAUGGAAGUAACAGGACGUAUAUGCAGAACCAAUAUCGCAUCAAAUACUGCUUUCCGGGGAUUCGGUGGACCUCAGUCUAUGAUUAUAUCGGAAAGUUGGAUAACAAAAGUUGCUGAAACUUUGAAUAUGGACCCAGAAAUGGUUCGUGCAUUUAACAUGUAUACGGACGGCGACAAAGUUUUACACGGAUCCAUACUCAAGCAAUUUAAGGCAAAACGAUGCUGGGAAGAAUGUCUUGACAAAUCAAAUUUCCACAAUACUCAAAAGGAAAUUCGUGAGUUCAAUAAAACCUUCAGAUGGAAAAAACGAGGUAUUGCUUGUAUACCAUCUAAAUAUUCAGUUGGAUUCGGUCUUAAACAUUUGAAUCAGGGUUGCGCUUUGGUGCUAAUAUAUACCGAUGGAACAGUAUUAUUGUCACAUGGUGGAACUGAAAUGGGACAGGGAUUAGACACUAAAAUGGUUCAGAUGGCAAGUAGAUCAUUGGGAGUGCCUAUUGAUAUGAUACAUAUUUCUGAGUGUUCCACGUCGUCUGUACCGAAUGCAUCUCCAACAGCAGCAAGCACUUCAAGCGAUAUAAAUGGAAUGGCGAUCAAGGAAGCUUGUGAUAAAAUUAUGUCGAGACUUCAGCCGCUGAGGAAAUCUCAUCCCAAUAUUACUUGGGUGGAGCUCAUUAACAAAGCGUAUAUGGAACGCAUAAGUCUUUCGGCAACCGGUUUUUAUAGAACUCCUGGGCUAACUGACGAAUGGAAUCACAAAACUGGAACUGUGUCAGGAGAUAUGUUCAGCUAUCUUGCAUAUGGAGCUGCAGUUUCUCAAGUAGAAAUUGAUGUAUUGACUGGGCAUCAUGUUGUGCUGAAAACUGAUCUGGUUGUUGACGUUGGAAAUAGCUUGAAUCCCGCUAUUGAUGUUGGACAGAUCGAGGGUGCAUUUGCGCAGGGAUACGGCUUAGUAACUUUAGAAGAAAUGCUUCAUUCUCCUUCGGGACAUUUAUGGACUGUGGGCCCAGGAGCCUAUAAAAUACCAGGAUUUGCUAACACGCCAAAGCAUUUUAACGUACACUUGUUGCGGAGUUGUCCUAAUGAAAAGGCGAUUUAUUCUUCAAAGGCUGUUGGUGAGCCGCCAUUAUUUCUAGCUUCUUCCGUUCUUUACGCAAUUAAAGAUGCAAUAAAAUCCGCACGGGUGGAUGCUGGCAUGACUGGCGCUUUCAGACUUGACAGUCCGGCUACAGCUGAAAGAAUUAGAUUAGCUUGUGAGGAUGAUUUUGUUAGAAAGGCCAAACCAACUGAAGAUGAAAAUGGAUUGCAAGCUUGGGCAGUGAGGGCGUGAUUAUCAAGAAUUACAGCAUUUUCAAUGAGAAAAUGGCUUCUUCAUCUAAGAAUUGUAUAUUAUUAAUUUUAAUGCUCAGCAGUAUUAUAUAUAUAUAUAUAAGAGCAAUAAUCAAAUAUAUGGACACGCAUAACAAUUCCCUAAAAAUC